UUGUCAUGACGUCAUAUCUCUGCGGCGGAAGUAGUUCCUUUUACGUCCAUGCUUGUCAGCGAUCGCAGUUGCUUGCUUUAUCCUUCGCAUUUUCCUGUUAAUAUAAUCAAGUUAAGUCUUGCAAUGGCUGAUUUUAAUUCUAGCUUUGAUAUGCCGUCAGCUAGUUCAUCCGAAAACGCCGAAUCUGCGGAACUCCAGCGUCUGAUUGCAGUGGAGCAGCAGAAGGCUCAGUUUCAAGCGCAGGUUCACAACUUUACGGAUGUUUGCUGGGAUAAGUGCAUGGAUAAACCUAGCUCCAAGUUGGAUUCACGAACUGAGACUUGUCUGGUUAGCUGCGUGGAGCGUUUCAUCGACACGACGCUCUCAAUCACCAACCGCUUUACGCAGAUGGUCCAGAAGGGCGCGCACUGAUUGAAGGACACCGUCCUCAAGGACAAUAAGCACGUAUUCUUAAUGUUUCCGGUGUGCGUCCAGGAGACUGUUGGCGUUUCUCAAGUUCGCAAAGUUCGGACUUACGUCCUUAGGACUUGUUUAGUUCGACUCAGGAGAACGGACUCCGGUGGACUGGAGGACGCAGGCCUGGUGAUUCUGCAAAUGGCAUAGCAGCUCGCUCUGGCUACUCCGGCUAUCUCUGUGUAUUUUAGGCAACAAUAAAACGAAAUGUGUUAUAAAACACCA